AUGCGCGUCUUGUUGACUUUGUUACAAACUACCACCUCCCAUUCCACAAAGAGCGUUCUGAAUUGCAAGCUUGGGACUGGCGCUCUUGACAUUCGGGGUUUGAUGAAAAAGCUAAAGCUUGACGAUGCUGACUCUCGCAAUCAACCUCAACCACGGCUCGUUGCUGCCAAAUCGAUCUCUCUUAGUUAUCAGUCGAAUGGUGGCUCGGCUAUCCCAUCAAAUAAACGCCUAAAAAGCUCUGCGAAGAUUCACAUUUCCUCAGCCACUUCGCGAGGUGCAAGGAAAAUCUCAGACAACAUACUGCCUAAGCAGCCCAGUGGCUCCGGGUCCUCCCAGACCCGUCCCUUCUUGACUAUUUCCGCUAAAACCAAAACUCCUCGAAGACAGCCUCAGACGGUGCUGGAUGACUUACCACAGGGAUCAUCUCAGCUCCCUUUACUCAUACACGAAUCACCCAGAAAUUCUCGUCAUCGAUUGCCCCUCGUAAAGUCUACAGGUGGCAGUCCAACAGCGAGAAAAGUGUCAAUCAUGAACCCGCAGGAAGAUAUAGAAAGUAAGCCGUCUCCCAUAGCCAUGAAGACGCGAUCUAGAAUCCCGCCCCGCCAUUGGAACGAAGAUACCGGUGAUUAUGAUGAAACGGAUUUAGGUAUCCUUCCUUCCCGUACUAGAAUCCGCAUCGCAGCAGCUUCUGCUCAGCCGACUCAGAUAGGUACCAACACCGGACAUCACUUGAAAACUGUGGUCAACGCAGAUAGUGUGGACGGUCUUGGAGGGUAUCUAGAUGAAAAUUUUCAACUGGUUCACCGUUCUAGAGUACCCUCAGAUGAGAACAUUGAGUUGUUUUCAACGGAGGAGAGUGAUGCUGCAGAAAGCACACGAAUAGGAAACAAGCUGCCUCGGAAGCUUACAACCCUCGCUAAAAAGUCUGUCCCAGCUGCUGUCAUGAUCUCUGGAAGCGACGAAUCGGAGGAAAGCAACCUUGACGUCGCGAACAUAGGGAUUCAAGAUGUACAUCAUCCUCGUGCCCGUCCAGCACCAAUGAUCAAAGCUGCAAGAAAGUCUGCAUGUACAACUGCAUUGUCUGAAAGUGACGAUAGCGGGCCUACUAGCAGUGCCUCUCAAGAUGAAUCCGAUUCCGGAAGUUCGGAUAUUCAAGUCAAUGAACGACAGGUGUUGCCGACUAGUAUUAGAACCUUACGCAGGAACUCGAGUUUAAUUCUCCCCCCAUCCUUGAAAAUCCGAAACGACACGUCGCCAACUACCGAGUUGGUGCAAGCAUUGAAAGGGUGCGUUGUUCGACUUCCGGAAAUGCGCUUGCCUUUUCUCCGACGAAAUUUACGGGUGGGGUUCGAAAGGAAGUGUGAAGUCCACGGGAUUGGGACCAUGUCAGUGAUGAUAUCUGAUUCGGAAAGAGUGUCUGUGGAGACGGUUUAUUUGUACCCGAUCGGAAAUCUGGACGGCACUUCAACUCGUUACGGGAGUUUGACGAAAGGAUUAGAGGCGUGGACGUGCCCCCUCUGUUUGUUGCAUUUGAAUUUCGCGAAUCGGGAUAUGCUUCAAAAGCACCUCGAAUGGGAUCAUUCCGAGGCGAAGGUGCGAUGGACGGAGAGUAGAGACGAGCUGCGUCAAACAGUAAAAUGGACCAUUAAACUAGUUCUACCCAAGCCGAAUCCGAAAGCUCUCACUGGCAGCCGGGAUCCACAUACGAAUUGUACCUUUGCUACGUAUCCCCACAAACCUGCGUUUUCAGAGCCUCACCGUUCUCCCCAUAUCAAAGACGUGCUUGUAAAAAAAGGAAAGGCCCGGGAAGUUUCUAUGGUCUCAGAGCUCUCAAAAGCGCCGUCCACGAGCCGGGACUCUACGGCAACUGAUAGUCGAAGCACGACGACCGACUGCGAUCCCACACAACCAAAAAAGCGCUCCGUCUCCCCGCCCAUGCUGGAGUUCGACGAAGACCCUCGCGACCCUCUCGGUCCUACCGCUCAGUACCCCUUCCUUCCUGCACAAUCUGAAGACGGAACGAUCACAUUGAACUAUUCGUGCCGAAUUGGCGGCCCAAAGAUUUAUGAUUUACUAGGUACGUUGUCAUUAGAGCCGUUUGGGGUGUUGUCGUGGGUUGUUUUGGAUAGGGAAGAGGAAAUAUUUGAAGUGGAUGAUGUGAAAGAUGAACAUAAGGUUAUGCAUGCACUUUGGGCGAGGUGGAUUUUUUUGAAUCGGACAACGUUUAUUAAGAACUAUCUUGAGGGAGUGAGGAUGUUUAUUGAUGAGUACUGGAAGAUGAUACAGCUUGCUGCUGGAUGGGAAGCCUUGCGGUAUUGGCUUAUAGUUCUUCUAGCCAACCGGUUUCUUACAGGACACGAAGUUGCUCAACUUUUGAAGUAUUACCAAGGGAAGAUAGGAUGGGCCGAACUGGCUUGAGAUUGGAUUUGGGAUAUUUUUAAUUUCUUGAUGGAUGUCUUUAGUUUCUUGGAUUCGUGAAUGGGAUGUAGUUUGGAGACAACUAGAUUGUCCUGUGCUUGAAAAG